AUGGAUAGCUGGAGGGUUGCUGUGCUUGGCGAUGGUGGUGUUGGUAAAACUGCUUUGGCCGUUCAGUUCACUCUCAAUUGUUUCGUUGAGGUAUGUGUUCCUACUUACGACCCGACAAUAGAAGACGCUUAUAGGAAGCAGUUAAUUGUGGAUAACAAGAUGUGCUUCGUCGAAGUCAUCGACACUGCUGGGCAGGAGGAGUAUGCCACACUGCGUGACCAAUGGGUUCGGGAAGGCCAGGGGUUUAUUCUGGUCUACUCUAUCGCAUCUCGGUCAACAUUUGAACGACUGGACGUUUUCAGACAGUCGAUGCUCAAAGUUAAGCGCCAAAAACCUAUCUUCAUGCUGGUGGGCAAUAAGUGCGACAAGACAUACGAGCGCGAAGUCUCACGUGAGGAGGGCAUUGCGCUCGCUCGGACAUUUGGCUGUGAAUUCAUGGAAACAUCAGCAAGAACAGCAUAUAAUGUCGAGCUCCUUUUCACCAACCUAGUACGUGCCCUACGGCAAACGAAACGAUUGGAAUCUGGUGGAUCAGGGGGAAAACAGAGCGACAAGCAACCAAAGGAUGGCGGCAGCAAGAAACCCAAAUGCGUGGUUAUGUGA